AUGGCUAAAGGGCGCACUUGUGGAUGGCUAUGGAGCCCAAGGUUUCAUGGCGUGUUGGUAGGACUACUGGUGCUGAUGAAUGCCAUCUCCUCUAUUGUGGCAUCUGCUUACCUUCAAGUAAAGUUUGAAGACUUCCAGAAGGUUCCGGAGCAAUUGUCGCUUUACUAUCGAUACGUCACGAUUGACAUCAUAUUUGUAGCGAUAGUUCUGCUGGUCGUAAUUACAUACUUUAUCGGCAUCGUGAGAGUGAACGAAUACUACAUCAUCCCGUUCGGUAUACUACUCCUGUUGGAUUUCAUGGGGUACGUCGGAACUGAAGUAGCCACCACCCUGAGCAGCGACCGGCCGGAAAUGUUUCAGGGUAGAACGCCGGGCACGGUAUUUGAAAUCGUUAUUUUCGGCUACAUGUUGUUGACAGUGUUCUGUCUAUUCCGGGACUUACAACAAAGUCGACGCAUGCAGGAGGAACGGUUGCGUGGAUAUCGAAGUUUGAGCAGCAGUUCCGAACAUAUUGAAAUGUGAUUUACAUGGCUUUAUAGAAGAAUAUGAACCAGUAUCUAGUUUAAUUUAUGUCAUUGUUGAAUGAUUAAAUUGUACUAUUUAAGAAGCUUAAAAGUUUGAGGCGAAAUGUGUAAGCAAUAAUACGUAGUUACGUCUAUUAACAAACAGGAUAACUGCUUUUUAGAAGCAUUCAAAUAAACGGAACCGAAGAUGUAGUAAGUAAUCGCGAAAUUAGGUAUAAAAACACAAAUUGUAUUGCUAUAACAACUAUCCAUUGGCAUGUUUAGUUUUAUUGGGAUAGAAAUUAUAAUCUGAUCACGAUCACUUGAGAUCAAAUUCAAGAAAUGUUUAUCAUCAUUAUCAUGUACGAAGAAUUUUCAGUUUUUUCGUAACAUGUCACCGAGUAACGAAGAGUACAAUACAUGAGUUCCAUGUAUAUCUGAUGAAAUAAAAAAAAAACAUGAUCGGAUUUUCAAAAGAACUCAUCCAGAUUUUCAUGUUUUCCCUUGUGUAGUGCUUCCGUUUUCAUGCGGUUAUUAGUCUGAAUAUCUUAUUCUUAAUCCACGGCGAAUAAAUUGAACGCUGCAGCUAGCACAAUGUGAUACAUUAUGCUAAUAAAAACAAAAACAUGCUGAGUGUGAAUAUAAACAGCUUCAUUACUAAAUUGCGCUUUAUCCCGUCCUGGUUGCGUUCCCCAACAAUAGAGGGCGCUCGUUACCUUGUAAGCCGUGUGUGAUGCUGAUGGUAACGGACAGGCAUCGAUGAACUGCUUUGCUUACUAUAAGGAAAUAAUGUUAACGAAAGCAGCAUGAACCAAUAAUGUAACAAACUAUCUCCAUACUGCGAAGGAACAAAACAAAACAAAAAAAACAAACAACGACUGGAGUUGAUUAUUCUUUGGUUUCGUUUCGGCGAAACAGUAGGCAAUUGUACGUGUACGCAAGACUUUUUUUUUGUUGUACCAGCCGCCAGCAGCACCAGUAGUGGUGAGAUCGUGUGAUCCCCCUCAUACAAAAACAACAAUCGCUCAGCAUCACCGAAUCGGAACGCUUUGUUUGCCGUUACGGGUGGCCACCAUCAAACAGUUGACAGCUAGCGUCCAACAGUUUCGGUAGUAUCGGAAUCGAAAGUUA